AUGUCAUUGCAAGACCAACCCAAUGUCAACACUCUGUUGCACAACAUGCGUGCACAGAUUUCGGCGUUAACUAGGCAACUCGCCGAGCUACAGGCAAACCCCAUUGCAGCAGCCCCCUCGGUUGAAAAGAAAUCUAGCAAGAAAGUUGAAGUCGUUGCUGACCCCGGCGCCUUUGAAGGAGACAGAGCGCAAUUUGCCAAAUGGUGGAUCAAACUCCAAAUUUGGGGACUUGUGGUGGGUCGAUACGCCCAAGUAAGACUCCAGGAGUGCUACACCGCGGGUGUGUGGCCUACCUGGGACAAUCCCAAGGUUAAGAUUGAAAAAUAUAUCAAACCACAGGCUGAGCAUGACUGGGCUUGCCAACAAAUCUGUUCCUUCAAACAACGAAACAUGAGGACAGAUGAUUACAUUACCCGGUUCCUGGCCCUCUCCAUCCAAGGAGGGCUUGGCAAUGAACAUGCAGUAGAACUGCUGGAGUGCAAUGUGAACCCCCACAUUGCAGAACAGAUCUACUUGCAGGAUACAAGAAGCGACAACCUGGCCCUGGCGGCUGAGGAAAGGAGCCCUGGGUCAUCAAACCAAAAGAAAAAUCACUCUCACGGGUUCCAACCAUUUGGGUUGCAACUAGGGCGGGGAGCCCCAAUGGAUAUUGGCACGGUCCAGGGCGGACAGACCCGCAGAUUCACCUGCGACAACUGUGGGCAGGAGGGGCACAUGGCCCAACAGUGUCCAAAUAGAGUGCAGGCCCCCCAACAAAAAAAUAACCAAGGGCGCCAGCCGCGCCAAUUAGAAGCUGAAAAGCCAGACAAUCAGCUCAAUACUCUGGCCGGUUGUUCAUAUGAUGAAAUCUGGGCCUUCUUUUACGACCAGCAGGUUGCUGAGAUGAAGGCUCAGGGAAAAGAGUUUUGA